UGUCCUGUACAGGAAGAACGCAGGAGCUAAUAUGGCGCUGCAGAGGGGGCUUUCGCGAAACGGGACGGCGGUGUAAACACGAAAACUGGCCGAGACGCAGCCAUGUCGUUUAUAAGUACAGCCUGAGCUACAGAAAUCUCCUGGUGUGUACCUGUCCAUCCCAUUGAAUAAUGUCCUUUCACUGAAAAUGGGUGGCAGCGGAUCCAAAGCAAAAGGAGUCUGGCCUUUCUCUGGCUCAGGGGCCAGUGGAGACUCUCCUGGUGAGGUCAAUGAGCAGUCUUUGGCCCGACUCCGUGGCUCCAAAAACGCAACCCCUUUUGUCUUUACAAGGAGAAGUUCCUUGUACUACGAUGAGGAUGGAGAUCUGGCUCACGAGUUCUACGAGGAGACAGUGGUGACCAAAAAUGGACGAAAGAAGGCCAAGCUGAAGAGGAUCCAGAAGAACCUCAUACCUCAGGGAAUCGUGAAACUGGAUCAUCCGAGAAUUCAUGUUGACUUCCCAGUCAUCCUUUGUGAAGUAUGAAGACAGACCUUCUGAGGCUAGAAGAGGUUGCACCAAUCAAACCCGUCACCUCUCUGUUACCAUCCUACCUUCCUUGAUGGGCCUCAGCUGCUCCGAACUUCACUAUGACCAUAUGUGUCCGUCUUAGUGGAUGAGCCACAUCACCCCCGUGUGGUUGGGAGGACUUACUGCACUUUAGCAGGCUUUUCCUAUAGGCAUCCUCUCAGUGCUGUGAAGUGGCAUUUGAAAACCAGGGUGAACUGGAGUAUAGUUUCACACUUUGGUGUACUGAUAGACAGUAGACCUGCGUUUUUCUGCCUUCUGUGAUGUACAGACAAGUUUGAGUGUGUGCUGUCAAGAGUGUGUGAGUGAGAGGAAACAGAGCAAUGCAGGGGCUGUAAGUCCAUCUUGCAUGGUGAUCUGUUGACCAAGUGUGGCAUGUUUUUAAUCAUUGUAUUGUAUAUAAUUAUUCUAUUAUAUCAAAGUCUGCCGCUGUCUGUUGUAUUUGAGCCCAGACCUGCACUAGUAAUCAUUUGAUGUAUAGUAAGUUAUGGAAGUUGACAUACUUGAAUAAAACGGUUUACCUGGCAAGCGAA